GUUGUAGAUCUAGUAGCAUUACAUUAUCGGCCAUCGGGGCUCCUUUAUAAUAAAAUAGUUUAUGUCUAUGUCAACAUCAGCAUCACUUACUACACAUACCGAAAAUUGAUGACAGUUCCUUCACCAACACCAGCGACCGAUUGAUUUAUUUUCAUUUUCAUUCAUAUCAACAAAGAUGUCCUCUCGCGAUUCUACGCGGCGUCGUCCUGUGUUGAUGCAGCUGAUGAUAUAUGCGCUUUCGCACUAAUCGUCUUUCUUGUUUUUCGGUACGCACAAAAACUUCCUGUUGUCCAGCUCCAGAAACAGGAACCAUGUCAGAUCCGGUAGGGAGCAGCGUUUCAGCCCAGCCCCGGCCAAACCCGUGGAUCAUAUCAAAUCAGGGACAUUUUGCUCACUGGCUGCAUACCGUCAAGGAAACGCGAGUGUCCUUAUGCUUUUAGAACUGUCUCUAGAUCUAUCUUCUGCAUAAUGAAAAACUUUAAGAUUACAACUUUAUUCCCAUUUCGCUUUGUUCCUAUACCGCUUUCACUUCCACGAGCACGACCACGACAAGCACAAGAAUAAGGACUAGUGAAUCCCAAAGCCAAAUCUUGGUUUUAGUUCGUGGGCAGCUUCUACUUCAUCUUCAUGAGAAGUUAUGAUCCUUUCAUGUAUCGCGUAUCGCGCACUUGGUGACGAGCCCAUUGGCGAGGGAACUUAUGGGCGAGUGUGGAAGUACCAGGACGUGAAUGCACUGGAUCCAGGCAAAUCUGUGCGGGCCCUCAAGGAGAUUUUAGUAAGCGCCGCUUCCGCAGAAGGCUUCCCGACCCAAGCUCUGCGCGAGAUCCGAGUCCUGAAGAAGCUAACCCAUUCCAACGUGGUCAGGCUGCACGACGUCUGCAUCGGGCUGCCGCAGCCCGACGAUUUGUCCGCGCGCGUCUACCUAGUUUUCGAGUAUUUGGAACAUGAUUUGUCAGGCUUGUUGCGGCACAAGCGGUACCAGCUGGACAUGGCGGAGGCGAAAUGCUUGGCACAACAAAUGUUUGACGGGCUCGUCUACCUGCACGGGAAGAACGUACUACACCGGGACCUCAAGUUAUCAAAUCUGCUCCUAUCAAACAGUGGCGAACUCAAAAUUGCUGACUUCGGGCUCGCUCGGUUGGCCCCGGCUACGGAGAUGUCUCACGCAUCUCAGCCGACUUCAGCCAGUAUUUCGGAGGGUAUUUCUGAGGAGCUCAUGCGGGAGCAAGCUGCGACGCGGAACGUGCGCUUCACUAAUCGUGUUGUGACUUUGUGGUACCGUGCUCCCGAACUGCUGCUGGGCAGCACGCGGUACGGCGUGGGCGUGGACACCUGGGCUGCCGGCUGUGUCCUUGGGGAGUUGGUACUUGGGAAGCCAUUAUUUGCGUCGAAGGACGAGGAGCAGGCGCUAGAGCUGAUUUUUAAUAGGCUUGGAAGUCCGCCAGCACUGCUGUAUGAUGAUCCAGCUAAGUACCCGCUUGCGCACGACCACACGACAAAGAUGGCUUCACUCCUCCAAUUCGAGGCCAGUGCCAACCGCGCGAACCGACUGGAGGAACAGAUGCUGGCGGCCAUGUCUCACCGCAUAGCACGCGAGCCUGUAGCAUCCCGAUCCCUUAUUGGCAAGAGGAUAACAGCGGGGCCUUAUCAUGGAGCGAGCUCCAUGUCGACUACCAUGAGAGUUAAGGCUCCAUCUUCCACAAAAUCAUCUUACAAGAAGCAUCUUUGGUACCCACUAAGCUUUCAAGAAGAAAGAGAUGGUCAAAGAUGCGCAGCUAUAGGAUGAAUUUAAUAGGAAAGGUCUAAUAGAAGUGGCACUAGCAGUUCAACGUCACGCAUGUUGAUGAUGGGGACUGCCGUACCAUUAACGCCCGCGGAGCGCUACCGAGAGCUCUUUCAGUUGAUGCGUGGACUACUCGCCUACGACACGAACAAGAGAACGACUUCGGAAGAAGCGUACAGUCAUCCUUUUUUCACGCAAGAAGCGCCGCUGCCAUGCAAAGUGAGCGAGCUCAAGAUGGAUAUGGAGCAAUCCUGCCACAGCUCCUCCUGGAAAAAACGACCGCCAAGGAAUGGUUGAGGUUGAUGAAUGGAAUAUCAGCAAAAACGUCGCCGUUGAAACAAGUCGUAAAGGAGGUACUCUACAAGUACUUAGCUUACCUUCCUCGAUGGCUCUCGAUCGCAAGGCAGAUCACGUGGGAACGAAAAGGAACAAAAAAAUGGUCGCAAUUUUGCUCCGUCAGUGCCACCUGCGACGUAGCCUCUCUUAUUUUCUUGUUGCUGGGCCGACAUCAUGUUGCGCAUCUUCAAUAUCAGAAGCCACGCCACAGCCAACUCUAGCGACUAAGGCCUGGGCGUUCAGACGCACUGGUUGAUCGCGCGGGAGGAAGAGCCCGCGCAGAGAAGAUGCCGCGGGAAAUCUUCCCUGCGCGAGUCGUACUUGCUACUUUCAGCAGACGGUCAAUUUGGCAGGCAGUGCGCACGCGGCUGAGAUUGCCUUUUCUUGACGUGUUUGAGGGUCAUUUGUCCGAAUUCAAGGCACUAGAACGAAGAUGCACCCACCGAAAAGAUAUAUUCAAUGGCCGUUUGUAUAUAUUUUAUAGUAAUAAGAGGCAGAUGACAACCCAUGGCUUUAUUUCCCUGUUGAGGACAACACCUAGGCAACCAAGAUCACCUUGAACUUUGUCUGCAACGUGAACCCUCUUCAGCUGCUGAUCUUACAAG